ACGUGGCUCUUCGGGUACGAGCUGACGGACACCAUCAUGGUCUUCUGCGAGGAGAAGAUCCUCUUCAUGGCCAGCAAGAAGAAGGUGGAGUUCCUCAAGCAGGUGGCCCAGCCCAAGGGGCAGGAGAGCGGCAACGGCGUCCCCACCAUCACCCUCCUCGUCCGCGAGAAGAACGAGUCCAACAAGAGCAACUUUGAGAAGAUGAUCGAGGCCUUGAAGAGCAGCAAGGGUGGGAGACGUCUCGGGGUCUUCAGCAAGGACAAGUUCCCCGGGGACUUCAUGAGGAGCUGGAACGAGUGUCUCAACAAGGAGAACUUUGAGAAGGUGGACAUCAGCGCGGCGGUGGCCUCCACCAUGGCCCCCAAGGAGGAGGGCGAGCUCCACCUCAUGCGCAAAGCCGCCGCCAUCACCUCCGAGGUCUUCUCCAAAUUUUUCCGCGAGCGCGUCAUGGAGAUCGUGGACGCCGAUGAGAAAGUCCGACACAGCAAACUGGCCGAAUCGGUGGAGAAGGCCAUCGAGGAGAAGAAGUUUUUGGCCGGCGCCGACCCCUCGGCCGUGGAGAUGUGUUACCCCCCCAUCAUCCAGAGCGGUGGCAACUACAACCUCAAGUUCAGCGUCGUCAGGUCCAGUUUAAACCAGUUGGAACCA